UCACGAGGAAGGCCUGUGUCAGUACCUGCGCCUCUCCCUUCCAGCUGUGGAAGGCGCUGCACGAGUUCAGGUGGGCAGGUCCGGGCCAGGUCUGGAUGCUCGCUCGCUCGCUUCCUCUCGGCCAAUCUUCGGGUGUCCGGUUUCGGAGCUCAUGGGGAGGCAGUGGGGAUCCUCCAUGAGGGCGGCCGAGCAGGUGGGCUGCGUGGUGAGCGCCUCCCGAGCCGACCAGCCUGAGGCAGGCUCUUGGAGCUGCAGCGGGGUGAUCCUCAGCCGCAGCCCGGGACUGGUAUUGUGCCACGGGGGCAUCGUCGCCCCUUUCCUACGGGCCGGCAGCGGGGCCCUGACCACGGCUGGCGCUGCCUUCCUGCCCGGCGACAGCUGCAGCGACGAUUUACGCCUGCACGUGCAGUGGGCCCCAACGGCCGCUAGUCCCGCGGGCCGCUCGGAGCGGGCCCUCCCGGGGCUGUGCACACCUCACUGCGCUGGCCUCGAGCCGGGCCCGCCUGCCCGGUCCCGCGGGCGGCCCCUACAGUCCCCGCGCCCCGCCGAGCUGCUGUUGCUGCUGAGCUGCCCGGCUUUCCGGGCCCACUUCGCGCGCCUCUUCGGUGGCGAGACGGCGGACCAGUGGCGCUUCGCGAACGCAGCGCGGGACGAUGAAGUGUCGGAGGACGAGGAGGAGGAUCAGCUGAGAGCGCUGGGCUGGUUCGCGCUGCUGCGGGUGCAGCCCGGCCAGGAAGCGGCGGAGGAGGAGCGUGGGCCGGCCGUGGCCGUGGCGCCUCUCGGGGCUGUGCCUAAGGGCGCGCCGCUGCUGGCCUGCGGCUCCCCGUUCGGGGCCUUCUGCCCGGACAUCUUUCUCAACACGCUCAGCCGCGGCGUCCUCAGCAACUCUGCCGGCCCGCUGCUGCUCACCGACGCGCGCUGCCUCCCGGGUACGGAGGGCGGCGGCGUGUUCACUGCGCGGCCCGCGGGGGCGCUCGUGGCGCUGGUGGCGGCUCCACUCUGCUGGAAGGCCCGCGAGUGGGUGGGCCUCACGCUGCUGUGCGCCGCCGCCCCGCUCCUCCGUGCCGCCCGCGCCGCGCUUGGCGGUCUGUGCCCCGGCAUCGCUUCUCUGGCCACCCUUCUGCCACCCGAGGUGGGCACACCGUGGGGCCUGCCCCUCCUAGACCUCGGGCCCCCGUGGACAGCCGCGUCUGUGCUGGUGGAGUGUGGCACUGUAUGGGGCUCUGGAGUGGCCGUGGCUCCCCGCCUCGUGGUGACCUGCCGUCAUGUGGCUCCUCGAGAGGCAGCCAGGGUCCUUGUGCGCAUCGUCACCCCCAAGAGUGUAACGAUCUGGGGACAGGUGGUAUUUGCCACCCAAGAGACUUCUCCUUAUGACAUAGCAGUAGUGAGUCUGGAGGAGGACCUGGAUGAUGUCCCCAUGCCUGUGCCUGCUGAGCACUUUCAUGAAGGUGAGGCUGUCAGCGUGGUGGGCUUCGGUGUCUUCGGCCAGGCUUGUGGGCCCUCAGUGACCUCGGGCAUCCUGUCUGCUGUGGUGCAGGUGGAUGACACACCAGUAAUGCUGCAGACCACAUGUGCUGUGCAUGGCGGCUCCAGUGGGGGACCUCUCUUCUCCACCCAUUCGGGGGUCCUCCUUGGCAUUGUUGCUAGCAACACCCGGGACAAUAAUACAGGGGCCACCUACCCCCACCUGAACUUCAGCAUUCCCAUCACAGUGCUCCAGCCAGCCCUGCAACAGUACUGUGAGACUGGCGACCUCGGUGGCUUCCGACAGUUGGACCAUACCACUGAGCCGGUCAGGGUGGUGUGGCGGCUACAGCGACCCCUGGCAGAGGCCCCACGGUCCAAGCUCUGAGGAUGUGGCGCCCCUCUGGAAAGAAGAGUGAACUUAAUGCUGGAGGAAGUGAUGCCAAGGUGAUAGUAACUUUAGGAUCCAAAAUCCAGUUCCUGAUGGGGCACGCCCCAGCUAGGCUGCCUCCCCAUCUCUACCUACUGGCUGUACUCUGGGUUCUGAGCCCUGCAACAAACUUCUUUAAAGCCCCACAGGUCCUUAACCUUGUAGCUUCUUUGGGGGGAACUUUCUUGAGCCCCCCACCUCUCUCUGUCCCCGCCACUAUACUCAGCUGUGUUUUCCCUUUUGGGAAGUUCAGGCCAACUGCACAAAGGCUCUGAGCCGUAAGGUAGAUAGUGGCCAGAAGGCUGGCCCAGGCCUGGUUUUUCACCUGUUUCCCCCCAGUAGCCACUGGCCCCUGGAGCAGCUGCUGUACUGGAGCCUUGGCUCCUAUCUGCCUCUCAGGGCUGACAGAAGACUCAGAGUGUGUCAGCAGAGAGGCGCUGCCUUGAAGGCCAGAGAUGACAGGGCAGAAACAGGAGUGUCUCCCAGGGCUGCUGAUGGCCAGGUCCCUGAAAGUCCAUGCUCCUGGGUCUUUAUAACCAGCAGGUGUGCUCUGACACAGUGCCUUCAUCUUUCAGUCCACAGUCUGGUCCUCAGGGAUCUUGGGGGUGGGGGGUUAGAACAUGUCUGGUUGGGGCUUGGGAAUAAACACAAU